AUGAGUCGAGUCUCUCUACUCCUCAUUCCUCGCGACAACGACCUACCCCGCGUGGUAGGCGACUUUACACCCCUCAACCGUGUCUCAAUUCCACUCUCCUACGACACGCCUAACACGGAGGAUAUGUUCCACACAGCCUCCCGCCACCGUGUUUUCUCCAAAGUGGAUAUCAAGGAUGCGUUCCACCACCUCAUCCUUGACGAAACAAGCAGACACCUCACCGCCUUCGCGACGCCGGACGGAGAUUUCCAAUACUGCCGUCUACCGCAAGGGUGGUGCAACUCACCUGCCUACUGGCAGAGGUUUAUCACCUUCGUUCUCCGAGGCCUUCUCGGCCUAAGCUGCUUUGCAUUCGCGGAUGAUAUCAUCAUCUACGGCAUGACCGAUAAGGAAUUAUUUGUCCGCGAGCGGCAAGUUCUAAAACGCCUGAACAGUGCAGGUCUUGUUCUGAACUAUAAAAAAUGCCUAUGGCACAAGCCAUCAGUCCCUUACUUGGGUACCCGCCUAGGGCACGGGACGAUUUCCCCCAUCGUCCCCACUGCAACGCUGGAAAACUGGCCAAUUCCUCGGCAUAAGAAACAACUACAGGAAUUCCUCGGCACAGUCAACGCCUUCCGGCCUUACAUUCCCAACCUGUCAGCACUAGUGGCCGACAUUACCCCACUCACUGGGAAUGCCCCCUGGAGGUGGAAUGCAACCACCACCUUAUCCUUUCAAAGGAUACGAGACGCCUGCCUGCGCGCCAUGACCAUACAUACACAUACCCCGGGCGCACGGCUGGAACUCAUCCUCGACGCGAGUCUUAAGGGACUCGGCGCAAUAUUGAAAGAGAACGGACGAGUCACCGCGAUAAUAUCCCGCAAACUCUCUGCGGCGGAGCGCAAUUACGACACUUGCGAACGCGAGUUGUUGGCCUCAGUUUGGAGCACCCAGCGUGGAAUCCCUGCGGCCCAGUGUGACGCACCGCAGGCGGAAUAG